UCUCACAGCAGAAAAAUUCUCUUGUUUACAUUUUUGUCUUUUUGACAGAUAAACAUUUUCGCUUUAUAAAUCAGUUUAUUUUUUUCGUUCUUUUUUCUUUUUCAUUUGUGUCAUGUCUUCAGUUAAACCGGAAGAUGAACAAUCAUCUUCUAACAUUCAAUCUCCCGUAGCAAGUCCACUAACCGAUGGGGCGACCAAUUCCUCGAGCACCGAUACAGCUGAUGGUCCAUAUGAUGAUAUGCCCCAUGACAUGAUGACCUCUUCAUAUACUGAGAUUUCAUUCGGUGAAAGUGAUUUAGAAGAUGGAAUUGAAAUAGAUGAGAAUGAUUUAGCCGUUGGUGAUUCAAAUAAGAAUAAAUCAAUUUCUGGUAGUUUAUCUUUACCUCAAUUAUCUUCGACAAUUAUUGAUUGGAGUGAAAAGGCUAAAGCAGAAUAUGAAGCUGAAUAUGGUGAUAAUCCUUCACAAUCAAUUGUUAGACCUUCAACCGGUGAAAAAGAAUCAGAUAUUACUGGAAACAUUGAAUAUUCUAAUGAUGGAAUGAUAUCAUUUGUUACUCAUGAUUUAGAAUCUAAAUUACGAUUAUCUUCCGUUACAUCAAGUCCAAGUUCAUCUUCCACUGAUGAACAAUCAUCUUCAUCUAAUUUAGGAAUUUCCAAUCUUGAUAUUACUUUUCUCAAUAAGUUAGAGUCUCAAGCACAAAUCAUUUCAACCAAUUUGGAUCAAGUGAUGAAAUAUAUUGCUAAUUAUACUUGUCAAGUGACUAAUUUAACUCUAAAAAGUGUAAACAAUUUAACGAGCUGUUUAGAUGAAACUUGUGAUUCCAUCGAUGUCAAUAUUAAAUCAAUGUACCAAUUGAUGGCCAAAUAUGAAGAGCUUGGUUCGGUUAUGGCUCCGAUUGAUAAAUUGUCGGAAGAAGUGAAAGAAGUUAAAAGAUUAUUAAUGUUAUUUGAAAGAGAAAUGGAAACCAAUCGUUAUCAACAUUAAAACUCAACAAUUAAAAUGUAUUUUCAAUCAAAAAUACAAGUCAAAACAACAACAAAGGGCGAGCAAUCAAUUAACCAAUCCGACAAUACGUUAAUCAACUAACCAAUCAUAUAAUAGUUUUAAUUCAAACCAAAUGAGAUUUAAAUUAAAUUGUUAUUAUCUUUCAACACUUGGGGUGUUAAUGUCUACAAUUAGAGGGAAAUGAUUAAAAACAAAUUCAACAAUCAAGAUUAAUACUCUUUUUGAAUUGAUCAACAUCACAAUCUCUUUUUAAUCAGUGAUCUUCAAAUCGACCAUUUCUACCUUUAAGUUUUAAUUGUGAAUUUUAAUUUUCUCCAUUUUCUAAUCAACAUCAUGACUCUAUCAAAAAUCGCCCUAAUUGUCAGUUUGGGCGCUGCGGCCACCGCUGCGUUUGCCGUUGCCCUAGUGCUCAAUACGAGGCAUGAAAGGUUACAUUAUAUUCCGCUCGUUCAACCAGAUGAUGUCACCCAAUUUUUCCCGAUCACAAAUGAACCGGAAGUCUAUACCAAACGGGCACCGAUGAUUGCCUACAAUGAUUUAAUCAAAAAUGAUUGUGAAAGUUUAAAAAAAAUCGAGGCAAAAACAAACGUUACAAUUGUGGUGGACUCAGACUUCGAGGUGACCGCUUCAACCUUUUUAAUGACAAUUUCUGGUAGACCAGCUGAUUGUGUUUUAGCUGAGGCUCAAAUUAAUGAUUUACUAAUAAAAAUUGUCGACAAAAAGUGUACACCAACUCAUCAAGCAAACAAUUAACUCACCAAGAACAAUAAUAUUUACAAUUGUAAUCAAAUUUUAAAUGUUUUCCAUAUUUAUCUCAUUUGUACAAAGCAAAAAUGACAAAGAAAAUUAAAUCAAAGGAAACAAAUUGAGUUCCUGAUUUUAUUAGUUUUUCAAUAAACAUUUUAAAAUGAUCAAA